AUGUCUUCGAGAGACACCCCUGACCCGUCGGCUAUGUCGACUACCCCUACCACCACGGCACCAACCACCGCCUCACCUUCAUCGGCCGCAUCGACACCGUCUCCGUCUGCAUCCAGCGCCACUACGGCACCGUCUUCCGCGGCCCGUCGGCCUCAACGGAAGAGUACUUUGACUCAGCAGCAGAAGAACAAUAAGCGUCAACGGGCGACUCAGGAUCAGCUGGUUACCCUGGAGUUGGAGUUCAACAAGAAUCCCACCCCCACGGCAGCCACGCGCGAAAGAAUCGCCCAGGAGAUCAAUAUGACUGAACGAUCUGUUCAGAUUUGGUUCCAAAACAGACGCGCAAAGAUAAAGAUGCUCGCGAAAAAGAGCAUUGAAACCGGCGAGGGCUGUGAUUCGAUACCAGAGUCUAUGCGUCAGUAUCUCGCCAUGCAAUUCGACCCCAGCAAGCCUGGCGCAAGAGACCCAUUUGGCCGCACUUGUGGCUAUGGAACCAACGGCGCGUACCCGAGCGAGUCCACUCCUUCUGGAAAAGUCGUGAUCCAUCACUUUACCUGCCGAUCAUUGACCAUCGGUAGCUGGCGACGCAUUGGGCAGAAUGCGAUGGACUUGGUCGUCUUCUACUCCCCCGAAAAAGCCUGCAUGACUUACUACAUCAACAAUGAUUCUGCAGGUUACAAGAUCGAAUACCCUUUCUCUUACAUCAAGAAUAUUACUUUAGAAUCGGGUGACCAAGCACCACAGCCGAACGGCGCUCCCCCGAGGCCCGGUGGUCUAGUAGUGGAAUUAAACCGGCCGCCGCUUUUCUACAUGGAUUCCUCCAACUCCGGAGGUUUCUACCAGUGCGGCGACUUUACGGAAGACCAGCAGGCUAGUCAGAUUUUGGUGCAUCAUCUCGGGGGUCAUCCAAAGGUUCUCAGCGUGCAGCUCGCCAAAUUAGUAUCGUUGGAGUCAUUCCAGAACCGGUUAGCAUACGGCAACUUCGCUGUGAACGCGCCCAUGUCUCCCCCCUUUAUCCAGCGCCCUGCUUCACAGCCAAACCAAUUCGCCCCUGCAUUCAUGAAUAUGAUCCCGGAAAGCCAGUCUCAUUUGAACCUUCAGGUUCCUCGCGGACAUAGGCGCCAGCGCAGCCGCUCUGUUCCAGUGGCUGUCGACUUUUCCGCUUUGCAGACGCCUAUCGCCACGUACAACAUGCCACAGACCCCCGUCCAUUUCAACCACGCGGCCUCGAACAUCUUUGCUCCAGUCCCUCAAUCGACGCAUCCAUUGGCGGCAAACCUCCGGAUCGACACCUCGGCCGCUUUCGGGUUCGAUCCCCGAGCUCAUCCCAUGUCUGCGACGACGGCAACCGCCUCGCCGUCCGAUUUCGCUAGCCCCGGGCUUUUCUCCACCGGCGGCCAUGGAGAUUCAACUCCUGUCGCCACCACGAUGGGAACUCCCUUCAACUUGCCUUUCGUCUCCCCGCAAGUUGAUUCGUCCAACCUCGGAGCACAGUCUGCUUCCCCUUACUCUACUGUUAGUCAUCACGCGGAUCCCAUGAUCGCGGACCAUUCGCCUCCGCUAUCGACCAUGCACGCGACGCAGGAGAUGUAUAGUAUGAACAAUGAGCAUCAGCCUAAUUUCACGGAAGAUGGCAUGUCAAUGAAUGGCAUGUAUCCCAAGCCUAACAUGAACUUUACUGUCCCCACUUCCAUGGGCCUUGAGGGAAACACCUUUGAUCUGCCCAUGCAGACCUUGUCCGGUCACACCUCGCCGGGUGUUCAGGGCAACUACCAAAUGACGUCUAUGGAAAAUGUCGAUCCGAAUGCAUUCACCCCUGGAUCUUGA